AGGCGGAACUACGGAAAGGACGUAUACAAGCAGUCAGCCAGAAAAAGAAACAGUGCAAGUUAUGUCACUUUAGUGAUCCAUAUUGCAUCAAGAUACCUUUGGUGUGAAUUGUAGUUUGUAUCUAUAUGUGACCUUGCGACUGACUGACGACUGCUUCAUGUUGUAGUCUGCCUUCCGCCCGAAGUCAGCUGAGAUAGCCUCCAGCAAUUCCCCCUCAACCCUGCUCAGGUGUUGAAAGUGGAUGGAUGGAUGGAUGGAUAUGUAUAUUUUUUGUACCCUUGUCGUCACUGGUAUCUGCCGAUACCUAGCGCAAUCUGUUACCUGGCUUUUGCAGAGGAGAUCGACAUGCUUCCUGUAGUGGUCGUCCAUGGAGGAGCUGGCUUUGUGCCAAAAGAGAGAGCAAUGCAGUCCAAGGCUGGGGUUUGCGCAGCUGCUCGAUCUGGGUAUGCCAUCCUCCAGAGUGGGGGAAGCAGCAUGGAUGCUGUGGUUGAAGCUGUGACCAAACUGGAGAAUAACCCCAGCUUCAAUGCAGGAUGUGGGUCAGUGCUAACCACAAGUGGCAAUGUGGAGAUGGAUGCCAUUGUAAUGGAUGGGAAAACACUCGCGAGUGGUGCUGUCUCUGCUGUACGCAAUAUAGCCAAUCCUGUGCAGCUGGCAAGACUGGUAAUGGAGAAGACCACUCACACCUGUCUGACAGCACAUGGUGCUAAUCAGUUUGCCCGAGCCAUGGGUGUCCCUGAGGUGCCGCAAGAAUCCCUCAUCACAGAAUACUCCCGAAUGCGUUGGGAAAAAAACCUGGCACCUGAUGCCAACCCUGUGGAGUGCCAAAUGGGAAAGAUGGGCACCGUUGGAGCUGUGGCAGUUGACAUCGAAGGCAAUGUAGCAUGUGCUACUUCGACUGGUGGAUUACUGAACAAGAUGGAAGGACGUGUGGGUGACACACCCUGCAUAGGAUGUGGAGGCUUUGCUGACAAUCAGGCGGGAGCCGUGUCAACCACAGGCCAUGGAGAGGCCAUUAUGAAGGUUACUCUGGCUAGACUCAUCCUGUUUCACAUGGAGCAAGGUCAGUCGCCAGAGGCAGCCUCUGACCUCAGCCUGGCCUACAUGAAGUCCAGAGUGCAGGGAUUGGCUGGGGUGGUGACAGUGGAUCCACAGGGUCAAUGGGCUGCUCGCUUCACCAGUUCUCAAAUGGCCUGGGCUGCAGCCCAAAAGGAUUGCCUCCACUACGGUUUAUACACCGGGGAACACUUCACCCAAAGCAUUGAUGAACCUUAAUGAGAGAAAACACACGACUCAGGAAAGUUUCCCAUAUACAUUUCUUUGUUUAAAAUAAUUAUUCACAAAAAAUCUAUUUUUCCUUUACUGGGGCUAUCCUAAGGGUUUCACAUAAGGGCUGUCUUCCUGGAAGUUCCAUUAUGAGAAUACAAUAAACAUACAAUUACAUACAGCAUUUAAAGGUUUGCAUUAACAGCACAAUCUGAAUCUAUUUUAUCUGAAAUAUUGUGUUGUUUUAAAAGUGAAGGCAAAGUCACUUUUGCGCUGGUGAUGAAGGUUACGACUAAAUCACAAUGAUGACAGUUACAUCUUACAGCCACAAGAGGGUGAUGUUGUAAACGAAACAAAAGAUGAAGUGAGUUGACAAUACAGUACAUUGCAGAAUUUCUUUGGACGCAUAUCCAUGUUUUCAGAUUGUUACUCGACAUGAAAUUAUGUUAUUAAAUCAGAUUUCAAAUAAAAAGGGAUUUGUUUUUC